GGCUUUGGCACUCUAUGCACUGGGACACAAGCAGGUUAUCACAGCUCUUAGUUCGCGAAAAUGCCCUUACCAGCAAGAAUUGGUCGGUCCCAUGAGGUGGGUAAAAGUUUUUUUGCAAUCUUUAUAGCGAUUAGUAUUUGAAAAGCGACAAGAUCACAAUUUGAUUGUUCAUUUAAUGUUCAAAAUAGCACUUUUAUUCGAUUACAUGCAUCGUAAACCCAACGACCGCGAGAGAGGAAAUGAAAGUGCAAUCAGCUGGACAACUCAGCUUUUUAACGGCUUCUGGAUAAUAAUUAAUCGACCUAUUAAUUUUCCGACGAUAGCGUGUACAUGCACGAGGACAGAGGUGUUGUUUUUUUACCAUACACACAGUUGUGCACAAUGUUUCGAGAAAGAUGUUGUACAUUUGGCACAACAAUGGUACAAUGAAGAAAAUCUGAGUUUUACGAGAGGAUUCGAUCCUCAGGCUCUAAGACUUUGCAUUCGACUGCUCUAACCAUUGGGCUCGGUAGUGAGUCAUGCCAUACAGAGCACCCUGUUCAAUUGUGCCAGGCAUUCUUUAUAGUCAGGUACAGUAGGAUCAGCAAUGUUGGUGCAUUCGUUGUACAGAGUCAUCUACUUAUAUAAAGUAAGAGAGAUGAUAGAUUUUUGAACUUGGUCAUGGGAUAAAGAGAGAAAAAACCUCAAUUUUAACUCCCAUGAUGAACCAAGGUAGAAUUUCUCCUUACAAUAUCAAUGCAUUACCAAGCAGACAAGUGAUGAGCAUAGAUAAAAACAUCAAUUACCGAGGGCAUAAUUAGUUGAUCAAAUAUUACAUUCUUCACACUUACAUCAUAAGAAUUGUGUAAUAGACAGAAAGGAGAAUUACUAAUUAGAUCUUGGGAGUGAAAGAGUUAAACAAUACCUUUUUGUUUUAGUUUGCAAUGUAGUUGUGUAUAUUGUAAUUUUUUUAUUCAUUCAGAACCCUAUAGAACCCAUGCAGGUUGACAUAGCACCAGAGGGUGAUCAUCCUCCUUUAGAAGACAAUUUCACUAUUGAAUCUGCAACUCUGGUAGGGAAACCUUAACACCUGUCUUUUAAAAUAACAUAGAUCUAAAGUAUUUUUUCUAUGAAAGCAUCACAGUGGGUCAGCAUUCCUUGAAUGCGAUUAGCUGAUUUGACAUUCAUAAACGUGAUAGAUUUUACAAUACAGACCAGAAUUUUCUCUGUGCCAUUCAAAGAAAAGUAGAAGUCAAGCAAACCAGUAGAAAAAGAUAAAUCUAGAUAUUGGUUAUUAACUAGUCUAGAUCUACCCAUUUUGCAAUAAACUGUUUCCUCAGUCUAUGGCCUCACCAACCAAUUUUUUCCUACAAUUUAUUUACCUCCCACAUAGUAGAUAACAUAUAUAUAAACUUCACGAAUUUUAUAACUCCUGCUACUGUUUACAUUGGAUCUCUGAUUCAUUCCUCUCACGGGUUGCAUCAAGGUGUUUUGCCAACACAAUUCUUUUCUCAUUUGAGCUAAAAACAUUCUGUUUCAGGAUCUUGAUGUGUAUGCAUCAAACUAUACCAGCCUUACAAAAUUAAACAGAUUGAUGUUUGUUGCAAAACAUUGUCCAUCCCUUGAAGUUGAUGCUUUAAGGUAAAGUGAAACUUGAUUGUUACAGUAUGUGACUGUGCUAAAGUACAUUUCAAUUGAUUUUUUGUAAAAAAAUCAGAACAAAUACAGUUAGUAAUGACAAUAAAGGAACUAUCAGGAGAAACAGUUUUGCCACAAACUCUUCCCCACACCUUUUUUCAUGUGGAACAAAUAUCCCUUUGUUGCAAGUGUAGCUACAGCUAGAUGUUGUAGUCUGUUCAGUCUCUUUUGGAAGAAUUCAAAGGAGCAAUUUGUUGCGAAAGAAUUGCCACAACUUUUCAAGAUCAUUUGAUGUAUACCAGGAAACAUUUAGCUGCUCAAAGCGUUGUGUUUGACUUUUAUUUUGAUAUUGAUAUCUGUAGAAUAGCCCUCAGUUAUGUGAAACAAACAUUCAAUGUCCAGCUUUAUCAGGAGAUUGUGACACGGAUGACAGAAGCAUGGUAAGACAUCUGUACAUGUAGGUUAGUAAUUGUAACCCUAAAGAAGUUUUGUCUUUUUUUCUGCUUGGAGACGUCAAUCAAAUGAAGUAUUUUACAUUUCCAUCAAAUUGUACCCUGAUGAAAAAAGAAAAAGGGAGAGCAAGAAAAAUAACAUUAUAAAAUCAUUUUUUGGUGUUGCUACUUUUGGCCUCAUAUACAGGUAUUUCGAUUUUGUGUUCAAGCCAAUAAAGAGAUUAAUAAUUUAUCAUGGGGAAACAAUGCCUCAAAGUACUGUUCUACAAAAAAUUGUAUAUUCAAAACUGCAAGCACUGCCAAUAUUUAAUCUUGCUGUGGGAAAUCUGAAGUAUGGCUAUAUGUUUUGGCCCAUCCAUAAAGUUGGUUCUGUUACUUUGUAAAUGAACUAAUUUAUAUUCAUAAAAGUGUGUAUACGAUGUGAGUGAUUUCUAGGCAUCAGCUUCUUUACACAAUCUUAAUCAAUAUUGCAGUAGCCGCAGUGAAUUGGAAUGCCCAGCUGUUGAUGCCACCUGGAUUGAAACUACAAGUAAAAAAGCUGCUCUCAAGGUAAUUUAUUAUUACCAUUUUGAUGAGCAGUCACCUGCCAGCUUCCCACAGCUGUUAUUGAAAGGUGACAUUUCUUAGUCAGUUCAUUCCAAAGGAGGAGAAAAAGAAAAAAAACAAUUAAUAUCCACCUUAAUUGCUAGUUGAACCUACAUGACCAUCCAAUUAGUAUUUUGGAUGCUCUUCAAUCAAGAGAUGUAGGCACAACCCAUACCAAUUGUUAUAAGAAUUAAAUGUCUAAAAAAUGAAAAUAUUUUCUCUUUUAAAUGUCCAUCUUGUUUUGUUUUUGCAGCUUGAGAAGCUUGAUACAGACCUGAAAAAUUAUAAAAGUAACUCAAUCAAAGAGAGCAUCAGGUAAAAGUCAGUUAAUGGUGACUUAGAUUUUGCAAUUUCAUCCUUAAACCAAAUUAUUAUCAUCAGAUGGUUAAUUAAAGCACUCAUUACAUUGUUUACAUAAGUGAAUAAGUGUUUAUUACUCUCAGAGUCCCAUUGCUUCUUUCAUGGAAUUGCUUGCAUGUUACUUUGUCCUAAAAAUUGUGAGCAAGAGACUCUCUUUUGAUUUUAUUCCAAAAUCAAAAUCUUUUGUUGUUUGAAAAUUUAAAUUUGAUGUUGAUCUUUGACAGGCAUUAAGUUAAACAUGAUGCAUUCACAUAAUAUUUAUACAUUUAGGGUGUUAACCAGGCUUUGGAGAUCAAAAUUCUUUUUCUACUUUAAGUGGCCAGCUCUAAUUUUCAUUUAGAUUUAGGCAGUAAUUUUCUAUUAAAGUAACUUUUCUAUUAAAGUAACUUUUGUCCUCCUAUCCCUGAGUAUAACUGCUUCAGUUUGUACACCUCCUGUGUAGUUCUCUAUGUAGUACUUACAAGAAAUGUCUUUUAUCUGGCAGACGUGGACAUGAUGAUUUAGGGGAUCAUUACUUUGAGUGUGGAGACCUGAAGUUAGUUUUGUUUUAGCAUGAUUAUUCACAAGAAGCUCUUAUAAAUUUGUCUUGCAUUUGUUUCUGUGUAUUUGUUAUUAGACAUAUUAAGCCUUAAGAAAUGUGAACUUACAAAUAAUAUAGUUUGUAAUUUUUGGUAAUUCUACUGACACCUUACAUUUACAUAUGUUGUGGCUCAAUUCUAUCCUUGGUUCAAAUUUUAUUUUCCUUUGUUUCAAACUACAAUACCCAAAAACAAAAGAAAAUAAAAUUUGAACCAAGGAUAAAAUUGAACCACAACACAUACAUUGUACACAUUGAAACUGUCACACAUAGUUCAUACAAAGAUUAUGUAUUUUCCUGAAUAUUUCAGGAUUUUGUUCUCAGUAACAGUGCGUACCUGUUAAUCUUUGAACUGUCAACUUCUCUAUUGUUUCAUAUAGCAAUGCAUUAAAGUGUUACUCAAGAGCCAGAGACUACUGCACAACAGCAAAACAUGUUGUCAAUAUGUGUGUUAAUGUCAUCAAGGUAGGCUCUAACUAAUUGACAUGAUGAGUCUUUACAGUGUUGUUGUCACACAAUAACUUGUUUGUGUCUGUUUACCUUGCUCUAUUCACCAUGAGAUCCCUAUAAACUUUGUUGGAGGAAAACAAAUUGUGUAAAUUACAGAAAAGGAUUUUUUCCUUGAGAAAGUCAAAGCAACAAAUACAGUAAUUGAAUGAUCAUUUAAUUAACAAUUACAGUCCUUGGAAAGUACAUGUACCAAACGAGGCCUUGGAGAGAUCUUUUCUCUAUCAAAGUUAUGAGAAUUUUUUGUGUGUGAUUAUUAUGAACAAGGAACUGAGCACUGUUCAGUGAUGCAAGAUAUUUAACUGACUGUCAUGUACAUAGGUGUUUGUUGUUUUUCUUUGAUUUGAAAUUUCUUCAAAGUAGUCAUCCACUGUGAGUUUUUUUUCCCCUUAUUUCAGAUUAUGUAUAUCUGUGUCAAAGAAAAAUCAAACUAACAUAAACUUUCUGAAAAAGUCAAAACCAAGGAAAGCUUUGAACCACAAUAUUAUAUACUUUACAUUUACUGAAAGCUGAAUAGCUGUUUUUAUAACAAAUACUUUUAUUUACCAAAGCAUACAAUGUGAUUGUUUUUCACCCACACUACUAAUUUCUGUCUUCACUAACUUUGGUGGUUUUAGGUCAGUAUUCACUUGGGUAACUGGUCACAUGUGCUGAAUUAUGUAAACAAGGCUGAGAACACUUCAGAACUAGCUGAGGUAAAAAUUAAAAAAAAAAAGUUAAAUUGAGAAUUUAAUGUAUUACCUAAAUAAAAAAAAUUAAAAAGUGUUUAAGAAACUGAUACCAGAGUUUGAAGGCUGCUGGCCAGGUAAAGGAGAGAGAUGCCAGCAUCAAAAAUGUAUGCAACAAGUAAUUAUUGGAUGAGGUUGAGCAUGAUAUCAUGAAUUAUCAAUGCUGAGGUCUGAGUAAUCCACCAAGCCAAAGGCUGAGGCUGAUAACACAACUACAUGGUUUUUCUAAUUUUUUAUAUCAUGUGAAAACCAAAUUCAAUAAUUGUUUGAUUAUAGAUUUUUUUUAAAAAAUCUGCAAAAGAAGACACUUCUCUUUAAGUUUGCAAAAGUUAUGAACAAAACAAGGACAUGGUGCUUGGAAACUAAGCAGACUUUGAACUUGACAUGGUGACCUAAUAUCUGCUCCAGAUAUUAGGUUAUCAUGUCAGCUUCACAUGCUAUAAUUGAAUAUUGACUGCAUGCUAAGUCAAUGUAUAAUGAGGUAUAUAUUUUCUGCUUUUUAUUUUCAUGCAAUCUACAUCCAAACCAGCAAACAAAGCAAUGAAGGCACUAAGUUAUCAAAAUCAAAAUUUUAUCUUUUUAUUUUGUAGCAGAAAGAUAGAAAACCAAAUCUGGUGACUCUAACCAAACUGAAGUGUGCUGCAGGUAUAUCUAUCUUUUGUCAAGCAAGUUUAAAAAUAAUAUUAUUUGAGCACAUACAUGUAUAAUAACUAAAGAAAAUUUUUACUGAUCCCCACUCAUAAUUAUCCUAAUUUUUCUUGAUAGGCCUUGCAGAGCUUGCUACUAGGAAGUACAAAUCAGCUGCCAGGAAUUUCUUACAAGCUUCUUUUGACAACUGUGAAUGUCCAGAGGUUGGUUUUCAUAUAAUUUAGGGCAAAUGCUAAGUCCCAGAUACACAUGUUUGUGUCAGUCUGUUGCCUGCACUCCUGCCAUUAUCAAGUGUCAUGCUACCUGUCUAAUAUACUCAUCACAAUGUCUUCAUCCAGUGAUUCCAUUUAUUUUUUGUUUGUUGUUUUCUUUGUCCUUUUGGGAAAUAGUUGAACCCAAGAGUAUGAGGUGAAUGUUUAAGACACAUCAGUACACUCAUUCUAAUAUACGUCAGCCUUGAUUUAAUAUUUUGUAUGACAUGGUAGAAGUCUUGAAUAUGGUGUACACUGUAGGUGUAUGUGAAUAGAAUCUUAAGUACAAGUAGACAUUCUUUUUUUUUGUUUCCCUGUUUUUACAUUGCAGAUUAUCUCACCCAAUAAUGUAGCAGUGUAUGGAGGACUGUGUGCAUUGGCUUCAUUUGACAGACAAGAGUUGCAAAAAAAAGUUUUAUCAAGCAGGUACUGUACAUGUCUCUCUUGAACUUGGCCGUCAGGUCAGAUUAAUGCGACCACAUACGUUAAAUGUAGAAUUAUAAAAUUUUGGACCUAGAAACCACUGAACAGAUGUAGUUUUAUUAAUGUGAAGAGGAUUUAGAGUGAUAAAAAAAAAAAAAAAGGGAAAAAAGGAAAUGAAAUUGAUUUUCCUGCUAUGUAGCUUUGGCUACCAGGAAAUGGCUGUUGGUUGACAAAAUUUUCAACAAAAAUGGCCCAAGGACUAAAAUUGUAGUAGAAGUUAAACUGCAUUAUCAUGCAAUUUACCUUUUAAUUAUGUUGAAAGUAUAAUCGUUUAAGUUUGAAAAGAGAAAAUAUUUAAAUACCUCAUAGAUUCGCCCUUAAAAAGUUUCAUAGAUCAGCUAACGCCAUGUAAAAGUCAUAGAGAGAACGCUGGUUUGAAACUAAAUUUAAAUUCUGUUAUGUUUUUAGUUCGUUUAAGCUUUUUCUUGAGUUGGAGCCACAACUGCGAGAUGUGUUGUAUAAGUUCCAUGAGUCGCAGUAUGCUGCCUGUUUGAAACUUUUGGAUGAAAUGAAGGUACAUAAGAUUUGUGGAAAAUAAAAUGUCUGCUUUGAUAUCUCUACUAGAAUGAAAACAGCAGUACAUGGAUGGGUUUAAAUCUUGGGAAAAGUGGAAUUGUUGAUUUAGAGAGGCUAAGUCGAAUACUGAAAAAGUCGUAUUUAUUUACUUUACAAUCGUAGCUUACAGUAUGUUUUCUGGCAUUAAGAGCAUAUAGACCUCGUAUUUAUAAUCCCAAUUAUUAUUUUUCGGAUUUUUAAUUUUCAAUAAUAUUAAAAAAAUAAUAACCAUUAUUAUAAUUAUUAUUAGUUUUUUAUUGUGACUCAGUUUCAUUCAUCCUCUCGCCCCUUUUUUAAAAUAUUUUGGCGAAUAUUUUAAUCGUGUGAUUGUCGUAGUAACAGGGAUUUUUCAUCUAAGAGAACGCAACACACUGCAUCGUUUUUAAUGAAAAUUUCAUAAAUUACAAAAGAAAGACAGAAACUAUUGAUUAACUUCAAGUUCCUGGAAGUGAAGGUAAAAAAUGGGGAAAAAAAGAUACUCGCAAAUAAUACACGACUGAUUUAUUAAAAUGUAUUUUUUUUCUUUUCAUUUUCGUAGGAUAACUUCAUGUUAGACAUGUACUUAGCGCCACAUGUCAACACUUUGUACAGUCAGAUUAGAAACAGGGCUUUAGUACAGGUUGGUAGCAGUUUUGAGAAGUUCAAUUAAUUGGAAAAUAAACGAAACAAUGCAACCUGGUCAGAAUCAUAACUACAUGUUUAGAAACAUACUCGUUUAGAAUUUAUAAUUAAAUGUAUGAAAUUUAGCUCAACGGCUAUAACCGAGUGUAAAACGCGAAUUAAACGUGUCUUCAUGUAAAGCUGACGUUGAUGUGUUGGAGCGAAGUUCUCGCCCACGCAAGAAAAUAGUUUAUUGGGAAAAUUAUUACUUAGAGACGUGAGAAUCAUGGAUGAAAGUGCCACCACACCACUCUCUCUCCCCCUUCUCUAAGAAGUUUAAUGUAAGACACAGGAGCCUCCAAGAUAAGCAAAGAGAUUGAUGUAUAAUACAAGUGUUAAAAGUUCAUUGCUUUCGUUCGAUCAUAUCAGUAUUCUUGAAGAGAAUGUGCCAUAAGAGAGUUUUUUUGUUGUAAGGGGAAAUUACUGAGUGAUCACUUUGAGGGAUGAAAAUGCUUAAGUCCUUCUCUGUUCAGUCACUAACUGAUCUGUUUCCUUAUUUCAGUACUUCAGUCCAUAUGUGUCGGCGGAUAUGGAGAAGAUGGCGCAUGCGUUCAACACAACUGUUUCUAAACUUGAAGAUGAGCUGUCAGAGCUGAUACUUGACGGGCAGAUACAGGCCAGAAUCGAUUCACACAACAAGGUUCUGUUCGCGCGAAACGUUGAACAGAGAAGUGUCACCUUUGAAAAAGCAAUAGAAAUGGGAAAAGAUUAUCACAAAAGAACUAAGGUUAGUUCAUGUCUGAGGAAAUGUUUUGUCAUCAGAAAAACAUGAUCCUUGAAAAGAUAGCAUUCUUUGGUCAGAGGAACACGUUACUAAUAUUUUGGUGGGACCCUUCCAAUUCUGAGUGACCACUGAAAUUGGUUGAUUUCAAAUUGUCUCGAACACACAUUUUCAAAACUGCAGUGAUAAAGCCAAAUCGUUCCUAAAAUGUUUGUGUGAUUAAUACUAGGGCUUUUAAAUUACAUUUUAAAAUUUGUUUUUAGAGACAUGGAUCUAUUUUUUUCACUUGUUAUUUGCCAUUUCAGGCCUUAAUUCUUCGUGGUGCCAUUCUGCGCAACCAAAUCGUCGUCAAAGUAAGAAACAUUUUGUCUAAUUCACAAUAUAUGUAACUUGCAUUUGUUUUGAUUUUUAAAGACAAACUUUACCGCAAUGGGUUAGUGUUUUGUCUCGUACACAAAACUUAAACCAUAUGAAAACCAGCUAAUGCACCAGGAUGAAGACAAUUUAACUGAUUUAUUCUUAUUAUAUUCAAAAUGUACUUAAUUUAGUCAUGCACUUUUAAAUAAGGCUCUUUUUUAUUGCAUUCACAGAGCCCUCCACGUGAGGCAAGUUCUGGCGAUGUGUCCAUGCCGGUUACACGAUAGGGGCUCUCGGAGCUUUUGAAGUUCCUUUGAUGUUCACUAAAUUUCUUACUGGUGUUUGAUGAAAUCAAAUAUAAUUUCUUUAGUUGAACAUUGUAAUGGUUGACCUUUUUUUUUUCACUCCCAGGAAGGUAAUUUAAAUAAAUUGUUUGGUUCG